GAAGAAUUUGAUCCAGUUAGCGAGAUGACGCCAAGUGAGGUGAUGGAAUGGGAGGAGCGACAACUCGAUCAGUUGGUCAACUUCAACAACUGCAAGAUCGACCCGGCCCCUUUCCAGCUGGUAGAACGGACGUCAUUGCACAAGACGCACACCAUCUUCUCCCUCUUGGGAGUGGACCACGCUUACGUCACCAGCAUCGGACGCCUGAUUGGCGUGGUGACCCUCAAGGAGCUGCGCAAAGCCAUUGAAGGUUCGGUCACUGCCAAAGGGGCGAAGGUGCGCCCCCCGCUGGCGAGCUUCCGGGAUAGCACAACCAGCAGCAGCGAUAUGGAGGCCACCGAAAUCCACCAGCUGUGGGAUCGGCGGCAACGACACUCCAUCCCUCGCGAGUUCAGCCCUUCCGAGAGCGACGACAAGUGCCAGUGACGUUGGGCGCGGAGAACCUACCAACCAAGAGACGGUUCAUCAUUGGCCAUGCCUUGGCUGUUGCUCUUGCAGCUGGUCCUCUUCUAAGGAUGCCCUCACAUUCCAGCUUUGGAGACUUCAAGAGGACGUUCCAUUCCUGGAAUAACUGGAGAAUUGUCAUCCUGAACCUUGAAGCUGGGCUCCUGGUGCCCCAUUAGCUCCAUCCUUGGUCUCAGGGUCCAUUGAAGACUUUCUCUUCCCAUUCUCCCGUCGUCCCACUCUCCUGCAGCUCUGCUCCACUUUGGAACGAGAGCUGGUCAGAUGAGGAGAAGGGAGGCUGAUGGAGACAGGGGAGGAUACGCGCAUGGAUCUCUUUCAGAUCCCUUCUGCUCAUCUCAGCUCCUCCGUACAUGUUCUUUGCACCUCAAGAAUCAUGCAUCUCACUCGGGCCACCUCCAGGCGUAGUUGAAGACUUCCUUUGACUGUUAUCCGCAGCUUUGCAGGUGGCCAGUCUGCCGGAAGGAGCUGGUUAAGCAUCUGUCUUCUUUGCAGUCUUGUCACUGGCCCCCUUUUUCAGGUUUGAAAGGAAAAGGAACUUUUUUUCAGCAUGGGUGGAUGCCCUCGUGGCUUCCCCAGCAGCACGAAGCCUGGUCCCCGUCCCGAUAAGCCCCUUUUAUUUAAUUGACAGUGAAUUCCUCUCCAGCGAAGUCUUUCCUCUCCCGCAGUCUUUCAAGGUAGCUCACAAUUACCCACCUUGGAG